CCCUGGCCUGGGGCUUGGAGGAGCUGCCCUCCCCUUUCCUAGCCCUGUCACCAUGGACACAUCAUGGACUUCUCUGGGCUCAUUUCCGCUCCCCAAAAUGGGAACACCAUUUGGGAUGAUUGGGUAAAAUAUUAGGUGUGGACACACUUGAUACUUUUUCUUGCUGUGAUUAGAAUUAUUUCAAUUAUUGCCACCUUUUCAUAUGGUCCAGGCUUUGCCCAUCCAUUUCCAACUGGUCAGAUUGCUAGACCCUCUUUUCCCCAAAAUAAGCUGGCGUUUUCAAGACAAAAUCCUACUUUAUAUAGUGGCUAAUGCUACUUAAGAAACUGAGCAGGAGGAGUAAAGGCUGUCUGGUAGGAAGUUGGCUUGAGGAGGCUGUAAGUUCAAGGGCUGCAGUUCUCUUAAGGCCGGAGAGGAGUCAGGCUGAUCUGGGCUGGGCAGGUGACACACCUGGGCCUCCACUCACGGCUCCGCCCUUCUGGUCCCGGCAGGACAGAGCGGGACGCCACCAGCUGGUCCAAGGGGAAGCUCCGAGAGUCCCUGGUGGGGAUCGUGGUGGAGAAUGAGGCUGGGCGCUGCCAGAUCAGUGACCUGAAGCAGCUGGAAGGUGAGGCUUCCUGCAGCAGCCGCAAAGGGAAGCUGAUUUUCUUCUACGAGUGGAACAUCAAACUGGGCUGGAAAGGUAUAAUUAAAGAAUCUGGUGCAAAGCACAAGGGAUUGGUUGAAAUACCCAACCUUUCUGAAGAAAAUGAAGUAGACGACACUGAGAAUUUACAGUGGGAAUGAUUUUACCAACGAGAGCAACCGCAACUCAGGAAUUGAUUGUUAAAAGGAAAAUGAGUGAGAACACCUUGCAGAUUCAGGUGCCACUGGGUGUCAGGAUCCCCACUGUGGCACUGCACAUGACGGAGCUGUUCGACACAGGUGUAGAGCAGCUGUAUAGCAUCUUCACUGUGAAAGAGUUGGUGCAGAAAUUUUCUAAAUCUCCUGCCAUAUUAGAAGCUGAAAAGGGAGGGAAAUUCCAGAUGUUUGAUGGGAAUGUCACCGGUGAAUAUAUAGACCUGUUAGCAAAUGAAAAGAUUGUCAUGAAAUGGAGAUGUAGGAACUGGCCAGAAGAACACUAUGCCACAGUUGUACUGAAUUUUGUGCCUACUCCAGGGAAAACGGAAUUACAGUUGGACUGUAAAGGAGUUCCUGUCUGUAAAGAAGAGAACAUGAAAUUCUGUUGGCAGAAGCAGCAUUUUGAAGAAAUAAAAGGUUUACUGCAGCUGACCACUCUAAGUGGUUGAAUUAGAAGAUUUUACAAGAGCAUUACUUUUUGUAAGCAGAAAGUUACUUGUCCCCUAUCAUUUCUUUUAAAAAAGGAAAACAGAAAUCUUAAUUUAUAUUGGAUGAGAUCCAUGAACUUUUACAGAAUUUAAAGCAUUGUUUGAAUGUUGACUACAAGUAAGAAGUAGCAAGCAACCUGAAAUUAAGUACUUAACCUUACCUCCCAUAGAUGCUCCUCUGGGAAUACCUUGAAUUCCUGAGUACAGAUGUAGCUUCCUAGCCUCAAGUUUGUCCUUGUAGCAAGCUUACUUUCUGCUGUAGUUUUAGUUCAGGAAGACAAGAAUAAGUGGCAUGUUGAUGUCAUUCCUUUAUUUACUUCAGGGUUUCUAAGGUAGGUAGCUCUUAGGUUAGUGAAACAGUGGCAUGUUGCACUCAGAAGCAUGUUGAAGUGAGAGGAGUUGGUUGUAUUGUCACACUUCUCCCUGCAGCAGUAAGCAUUACAGGGUGGAAAGACUGAAAAGUCUAUGGGAAUGAGUUACUUUUGGACUGCCACUAACACGACGAAAUAGAAUACAACCGGUAAGUGCUUCCCCCAUCCACAGUUUUCUCAUUACGUUCACCUGAGAAGACUGAAGCAACGUAUGUAAACAAAUUAAAAGUAAUCACAAUCAGUUUAAUUAAGUGCACAGAAUAGCAAUCAGUCAUGUCAAUAAAAAUAAAACAAUUAUUUUUA